AUGGACAACGUUGACAACGUUCAGCGUGCGCCAAAGAGCAGAGUCAAAGUGGUCCGAUCGCAAAGACGAAUGCCGGGGGGAUUGUUGUCGGAGAAAAAGGGCAAAAUCUCAAUGGGAGCAGACGCUACUCCAGGACGGAAAGAGGACAGUCUACCAAUUAUGAUGAUGCACGACGAAGGUGACCGAGUCGGGCUCGGGAAGGGAGCCAUGGAGCCACCAACCACGGGCGCAGCAGUCGCAGGAGUGUUUGGGAGUUGGGCCAUGACUGCCGUACUCUUACUCAUGCUGCUACUUCCAUCAUACCUUACCAAGCACUACCUACGGGGUACUCAACCACAGCAGGACCAGUAUAAUUUAGUAGAUGAGGUCGGUAGUUAG